AUGGGCAUUUAUGGUUAUUUUGUGGCGCCUUGGAAAUGCCUUGUUGUCAUCGGUCUAAGACUGCUAUUCCUUGUACCUGCAGGAGUGCCAGCGAGGAGCGGGGAUUCUUUUUCAAAGGACAACAUCACUGUCAGACAAGGGGACAGCGCCGUCUUGAAAUGUACUGUGGACAGCAAGGUAUCGCGGGUGGCUUGGCUCAAUCGCACCACCAUUCUUUAUGCGGGCACUGACAAGUGGUCUCUGGACCCUCGCGUUGUCCGAAUGGACAACACACCCGUGACAGAGUACAGCAUAAAGAUCCAGAACGUGAAUGUACACGACGAGGGGCCCUACGUGUGCUCCAUCCUCAUGAGCAACAAACCCAAAUCGUCCAAAGUGCAUCUCAUUGUUCAAGUACCUGCAAAGAUCACAAACAUAUCGACGGACAUCACAGUGAACGAGGGCAGCAACAUUACUCUAAUGUGUCUUGCCAUUGGACGACCAGAACCCAACAUCAUAUGGAAGCAUCGCUCGGCAAAAGGCCACAAAUUUGUCACUGAAGGGGAAUACGUUGAUAUGACAGCGAUCACUAAAGAACAGUCGGGAUCGUAUGAAUGCAUCUCCUCCAAUGACAUCUCAGCCCCAGAUGUGAGGACGGUGAAAGUCACAGUCAAUUACGCUCCCUUCAUUUCGAAUGCCAGGAGUACAGGUACCCCAGUGGGCCAAAAAGGGGUGCUCCAAUGUGAGGCCUCUGCUGUUCCUGGGGCAGAUUUUGAGUGGUACAAAGAGGACCGCAGACUCUUCAAUGGACUGAAUGGGGUUAAGAUAGAGAGCCAAGGUAAACAAUCCAUGCUUAUGUUUUUGAAUGUUUCUGAAGAGGACUACGGAAACUACACGUGUGUUGCCCUGAACACCAUGGGGAUCACCAAUGCAAGUAUAAUCCUCUAUGGCCCCGGGACCAUGAUGCACGAUGUGAACAGGGCAGCCCUGUCGCCCCACUGCUCAUUCUGCCUACUGCUGACUGUUUUCCUUUUGUUCCUACUCAAGUUUUGA